AUGAUUACUUUAGUUGACAACACCCAUAUUGAAAUCAGCUUAUUACAUAGUAAUGAGCCCAGCAAUAUUAAUAACAAUACUGACUCUCCUACUGCUAAUUAUCAAUCUACUGAAGCACUUUUAGCUGCUGUCGCUUCUCUAGCCACUCUUACUAUACCCAUUGCCACAAGUACUAAUAAGCAUAAAAAUUAUAAUAACAAGCAUAACAUCGAUAAUAACACUACUAACUCUCCUGCUACUAAUUAUCUAUCUACUGAAGCACCUUCAGCUUCUGACACUUCUUUAGCUACUCUUACUAUACCCAUUACCACAACUUCAUCUAGUAACAAGUAUAAUAAUCUUGUUAUCCAGCGCAGAGAAGCAGAAAUUGGUCUUAAAACAUCGAGCAAUAAUCAUGAUAGCUUUGUUGAAUCUCAAAGAAAAAAACAAAGAGAUUCAGUUGCAAAUAUAUUAGAAAAUUCGCAUAAUGCAAAUAAAAAAUUAUUUGAAAAAAAUCCAAUGGUAAACACCUUGGAAACUUUACAUAAUUUAAAUAAUAUUGCAAAUGCUGCAAAUCCUACAAUUGUAUCAAAAGAUAAAUCAAUGUCGCAUAACUCAAAAGAAAAAGUUAUUGAAUCUAUUGAAUUAGAGUUAGAUGAUACAGAUAGUAUUAUAAACAAUAAAUCUAGUAAGGCCCGGUGUCUAAAACAAGCUUUUAUAAAUAUUACUCAAAAAGAUAAUAGAGUUAGUUAUAAUCUAUCUCAAAAAUUACCAACUUAUUCAUUUCAAGAUAUUGAAUCAAUAUAUAAGUAUCUUGAAAGUUGGAUUUCUUUAUAUAAUAAACUUGGGUCUGCAAAAUGUUUAAUUGAGGAAUCCAGGUUGCAUAUGCUAUAUAAUUUAAGUAGGCCUUUCGUAGCACUUGCAGUAACAUAUGUGCCGAAAUACAAAGAAGAUAAUAAA